AUGGAGGAGCUCGCGGCGCGCCCGAGGACCCAGCUGUGGAGCGAUGCGGAGAUGAUGGAGCUCGCAGCGGCUGUCGUUUUCUGCCGGCGCAGCGGGCAGGUGAUGCGGAGAAGCAACCUCGUUUACUGGCGGCAGGUGUGGCGCGCGAUCCGGCGCGCGAACCCCGAAUGGCGGCGCGUCCCGACGGCGAUGCAGAAGCAGUGGGCGCGCAUGAGAGCGCGCUACGACGCGGAGACGCGCGACCCGCGCCGGAUACGGUGGCGGAAGGGGCAGGCGGGGGUGCCGCGGCGGGCGGGGGUGCCACCGUCCCCCGCAAAGGGAAUACCCCCGGGCGCGGAGCAACAGGCGGGGGGCUCGGUUGAGCCGCGGCAGGGAGGGUCUACUAACGCGGAUGAGCAUGAGCAACCCAAUAACGAGUCAGGGGGGAACACGGAGGCGCGGGGAAAGAAGCGGGGAAGGCCUAAGGGGACGGGGAGGGGUACGGGCAGGGGGCUGGGGGCAGAACCUGCAUGGGUUAGGAAUACGACAGAACCGCCAUGGUUUGAGUACGUUCGACUGUUCUAUGGGAUUGAGAUUCAGGCAAGGAAAAACGUGGCGGCAAAAAGGGCUAGAAGGGCAGCUUGGGCGUCUGCUGGUGUUGCUGUUGGUACGGUGUUUGCGACUUGGAGGCAGCCUGCUGAGAUCCCAGCUUAUGCGUUUCCUGAGUGCAUCGGUUCAGGGUGGGGGGAGACUGGACGGCAGCGGCAGGAGCAGGAGCAGCAGCAGCAGCAGCAGCAGCAGCAGCAGCAGCAGCAGCAGCAGCAGCAGCAGCAGCAGCAGCAGCAGCAGCAGCAGCAGCAGCAGCAGCAGCAGCAGCAGCAGCAGCAACCCUCUAACUCGAGGCAACCCCUUGAUAACUACCUAAUGAGCCUUCGCAACAAAGUCUCUCAAAUUCCCAGCACCAUAGGUCCUGCUGGUGCGUCUACAGCAGGUCUGCUUCCCGCUGCCCCCGGGUCUGGUACAGCCCGCUGGCCUGCUACAGCCCCUGGGCCUGCUGCAACCUCUUGUUUCGUAACAGCUUCAGGGCCUGCUGCAAACCCCCUGCCUGCUGCAACCCCCUGGACCUCUGCAACCCCCUGGACCUCUGCAACCCCCUGGACCUCUGCAACCCCCUGGACCUCUGCAGUCCCCUGGACCUCUGCAGUCCCCUGGCCCUCUACAACCCCCUGGCCUGCUACAGCCCCCUGGCCUGCUACAGCCCCCUGGCCCGCUACAGUCCCCGGGCCUGCUGCGACCUCUUGUUUUGCAACAGCUUCCGGGCCUGCUGCAACCCUCUGGUCUGCUACAGCCCCCUGGCCUGCUGCAACCCCCUGGCCUGCUACAGCCCCCUGGCCUGCUACAGCUCCCUGGCCCUCUGCAGUCCCUGUGCUGAUUACAUACCUUCAGCCGACAGCACCGGGUGAUUUGACUGCAGCACCGGGUGAUUUGACUGCAGCACCGGGUGAUUUGACUGCUGGGGGCGGCUCACUGGGUGGUAGGGGUGGUGGGAUGGAGCAGAGAGAGCAAAUGGAGGGAAGUUAUGAACCUGCAGCAGCCCUCGUGAAUAGCGCAGCAGCCACUGGUGGUGGUGAUUGUUUGACUGCUGGAGCAGGCACGCUCCAUGGUUCGACUGGUGGGAUGGAGCAGAGAGAGCGAAGGGAGGGAAGGUAUGAGCUCGCAACAGCCCAGAGACAAGGGGCAGCAGCCACUGGUGGUGGUUCGAUUAGUGGGAUGGAGGGGAGGGAGCAAAAUGAUAAAAGGUUUUUUUGGAGAGGAAAAGAUUGGUCUACAGAAGGUAAAAAGGUUUUAAAUGCAGGGGUUUCGGGCGAGAGGGUGGGUGAGAGGUUGAGUGCAGCCAUGGGUGCGGCUGUGAGUACAGCCCCCCUGCCAGGGGAUUCGAGCGCAGGGGUUUCGGGCGAGAGGUUGGGCGACCGGUUGGUUGACAGAUCGGGUGAGAGGGUGGAUGAGAGGUUGAGUGCAGCCAUGGGUGCGGCUGUGAGUACAGCCCCCCUGCCAGGGGAUUCGGGCGCAGGGGUUUCGGGCGAGAGGUCGGGCGACCGGUUGGUCGACAGAUCGGGUGAGAGGGUGGGUGAGAGGUUGAGUGCAGCCAUGGGUGCGGCUGUGAGGAAUGCAUGCGUUCAGUUUGAUGAGCUCACUCGGGAGUUGCUAGCGGAUGCUUACUCGCGGUUUGAGGAGCUCUCACAGCGAUUGGCAGAAGAUGCUUCUGCUCGGUUUGAGGAGAUUGCAAGAGAGCUGAUCCAAGGAGACUGCGGCGGCUUGCCGAGACAGCAAGAGGCGUAA